UCUUCUGGCGGCGUGUGGCAACUCGUACCAGCUGACAGCAAUAACAGACAUUCACGCCGCGACUUACGAGGAGGAUGGACUGCUGGGCAUUGGUCUCCCUUAUCCUGUUGGCUUGUUUUAUGGGACAAGCCUAUGGGGAUGAGGAUCUUGGAAGAGGUCUAGGAGAGAAAUUUGACUGGCACACCUUGGAGGAAGGCCUAGAGAUAUCAGAAACAACAGGCAAACCAUUAAUGCUUAUAAUACACAAGUCUUGGUGUGGAGCAUGUAAAAGUUUUAAACCAAAGUUUGCUGCCUCAUCUGAAAUACUUUCAAUGAGUGAGAACUUUGUCAUGGUGAAUACUUUGGAUGAUGAAGAGCCAAAGGAGGAGCAGUAUUCACCCGACGGGGGGUACAUUCCACGCAUCCUCUUCCUAGAUUCGGAAGGCAACGUUCACCCAGAACUAUAUAAUGUAAAUGGAAAUUCCAAGUACAAAUAUUUCUACUUUGAUGAUAAGUCUGUAGUAGCAACAAUGAAGGAAGCAAUCAAGGCAUUAUCUCCAGCGUCAAGAGCAGAAGAGCUGUAGAGCGUGACAUAGCAUGAAUUUGUAUUGCAAAGCCUUAUAUUUUAUCCAUGACUGAUAUUCCAAGAGAAUGCAAAUUAGUUAAAGAUGGCCAACUUUAAUAUUUUUGAUUAUUUUAUAUACUAUGGUUUUAUUUUUCUUGAUAGAUGUAACUAUUUUGUAAUAGAUAACAGACCUUGUCAUGUCUUAUAUUUUAGUGCAAUACCAAAGAGAAGUUUAUCCAGCUUUUAGGCUUAUAAAGACAAUGAAUAGUUGUUUUAGUUUACUUUUUGUUCCUUAAUUUUAUUGGAUUAUAUGUAUUCAACUAUAAUUAAUGUAUUUUGUGUGAAGAAGACUACACAAGUUUGAUAAAAAAAAAAAAAAUGAUGAAUUUUAUUGUAACAGGAUAUUGGUCCUCAUUAGAACUGAUUAGAAAAAGGAUCUAUAACAGUUUUUUUUAUUUUAUUUACUUACUUACUUACUUACUUACUUACUUAUUUAUGAGUAUGAGUAUACAUAUAGUUUAGUUUAGUUUAGCUUAGAUUUUGAUUGCACAAAUCAGAUUUUGACUUCAAGCUUUUAAGAUAUACAUAUAUGUGUAUAUCUGUAUAUAUAUAUAUGUAUUCCUCAUCUUCAAUUCAAAAGUUCAAAAAAGUGUAUUUUAUAUACAUACAUAUAUAUAUAUAUAUAUAUAUACAUAUAUAUAUAUAUAUAUAUAUAUAUAUAAAAUACACUUUUUUGAACUUUUGAAUUGAGGAUAAGGAAUGAUUUGUUUUUGAUAAAUAAGCUUUGACAUCUUUGUCCUGUGUUUGACUGGGAGAAAAACAGAUUGCUUUCACCAACAUAAUGGCGAGACAACUAUACAUGGUAAUACCAUGCCCAAGGCACUCCUAAGCUGUUUAUGACUGGCACAAAGUCAGCCUUUCAUCCUUUCAGCAUGGCUCUCACGCCUUCUAAUCACCUUAUUAGAAGUGAUUAGAAAAAGGAUCUCUUACAGUAAUGAUUAACUUUUUUUACUUACAUGUAUUUUGACACUUUACUAUCUUGUAAAAUGUAAUUGUUGAUAACAAAUAAAUUUCAACUAGAUUA